CUUCGAUGCACUCAACGUGCUGUGUCGUGACAAGGCCCAUCAGCAAGUUUUUACGCCUGUUUGUUAUGGUUGCACAGCAGCAUACUGCCUUGAUGCAGUAGCACACUGCCUCGAGCAUUCUUUAUAUAUACCUCCAGUUCGCGGUCAAUAUUCAUUGGCAACUUGAAAGCAUACUACUUGCCAUGCAAAUGUGGUCCUGGAACACGCAACCCAAUUCGCAUGCGCAACGCAAGUUCAUCGAACUUAUAUUCGAUCGAACUGGAAAGUAUGCCAACUGGGACCCGCCCUCCGAAAUGCAGGUUGGGUCGUACGGAAGGAUCGACAAAACUACGGGGAACUUGUCCGUCGAAGGCAACAUCUACUCGGAUAAAUUCAGGCCUCUUCUCAUCAAGGCAGGUAUCAACCCUGAAUCUGAUGAGCAUCAUGCCAAAGACUGUCCGGAUGAGUCUGAAUUCACGACUUGGUCUAAGAACGUGAAGCGCAUCGAGAUGAGCGUCGAUUCUCAUGCAGGCGUACCUGGGAUUGCCGCAGCAAGUAUCAAAGGAACAUGGCAGGUUAAGAAAGGCACCACUGGCGCUGUCUUGCUCAUGGAUAACCCUCGCAUGAAACACAUCACGUCUGAUGUUCUUGGGAAACUCGCGAGCAUCAAACUUCUUCAGUCCAUGCAUCUCGUGACGAAGGUGUUUUAUUGUCCUGCGUACUCCUUGUACCUCUCCGAUACAAGCGGCGAAAAGAUCAGUAUGGCUCUUCUGGCUUCCGCGCCCGUUGUGGCGCCCGUGGCCACUCUUGAAACAAAGGCUUCGAUGAGAUGGUGGAGUGACACACAAACUGGAUUAGCACGCCACGGAAGCAAGAUCGAGCAUUGUUUUACCCCCUUGUAUGAACUUCUGCAUGUCAGGCACCCUCGUAACAGGCGGUCAUCGCCAUCCCCAGAACGCACAGGCGAACAGUUGUGGGUUCCCGCUCCCGUCCCGUGGGCACCUCUCCGCGAGGAUGGCACAGAAGUGCCGAUAUACAUCAACGAGAAUACGGAUUCCAGUGACUCUGACUCUGAGGAAGAAUAAGGUCGUCAAGAGCAUGUCGAAAACAAACAUGACUGUCACACGGAAUGCACAUUGUAAAUAGUUUCAAUGCAACAGAAUAUCAUUCUAGUAUAAUCUC